AUGAGAAUUGCCAAUCCUGCGGGCAUUAAUGCGUUUUUCACCGAAAUAAAAAAUAUGUGGCUAGAGCGUGGACAAAAUUUGAGUGGAAGGAUUCCAGAGGAAUUAAGUCAAAUUCCCAAUCAAAUGCAAGCCUUACCUAGUAUAAAUCCAGUAUCCUAUUCUUUACCACUAGUUGCCCCAGCUCCUCAACAGCAAGGGCAUGCAAUUUCUUUAGAAGAUAUGCAAAAAGCAAUUCAGAAUGCACUAACGCAACAAAAAACUGAAAACCAGGCAUUAGUAAAGAAAGUUACAGAAUUAGAAUCUCAAAUGGCUAAGCAAAUGCAAGUACCUGCUCCUCAAACUGUUGAACCAGUUAGACAGCCAAGAGGUCCACCAUCUUCAUUACAAACAGAAGAAGGUAUAGAAAAUUAUCGCUUAUCACAAUACUUAAAUAAUUUAGGUAUAUUUAGUACAGAAGAUUUAGAGAGAAAUUAUCCUAUAAAACCUUUUCAAAGAUCCUUUCCUCGAAAGAGCAACGUCUCUGCUAGAAUUGAUAGAGUAGAAGAGCUAAUGAAGAAAAUAGUGGAUAUGAUGAAGAAAACAAUAUAUGGUAUGAUGAUUCUGAAAAAAAAACGAGUAUCAGUAAAUGAAAACUUAUCUGAUAACUCUGCUAACCCUUCUUCUGAUCUAGUAACUAACUUCCCUGAAACAUAUGAUCAGCUAUUGUCUAAGCUUUCACCAACAAUGCGAAAAAUGUGUCAGUCUCACAUAGUUCAGAAAAAAGAAUCAAAAUCAGAUGAGUGGUUUUCAUCUUUACAGUACCUGAAUGCUAACAUAAACGACUUAUUAAUUUCUAAUUCUUUUUUAGAUUGCGGAAGUGAGUUCGGGGGAUUGAAUGAUGCAACAAUUAAUGCCCUUGGGUGGAAAGCUGAUAAGCCAUCUGAUUUUGGCAUAAAAGGUAACUCCAAACACAUCACCGAAUCAUUGGGAUGGUUUACAGAUGUGCCAGUUAAUAUAAAGGAUAAGGAUGGUAAAACUGUCACAGCUACUGGAAAUUUUGCACGUAUUGAUAAUGGUGAACCCAAACCAAUGUUAUGCUUAGGUAUGACAUGGAUUCGAAAAGUUCAAGAGGUUUGUGAACCAGAACAACAAGUUUCAAAUAUGUAUGAUGGUAGAGUUCUUGCAGAAAGAUGCUCUCAGCUUACUGAGGCAAAGAUGAACAUAUAG